GUCACGACGACAACACAGUAGCAAUUUUAUCCUUUGACAAUGAGCAACUGAGUCACAGGCAAUUGAAACGGACAAGACAGCAAGGCAGGCGCCAUGUCCAUUCCUUCUACUGUCACAAAAAUUCCACGCCGCUGGCGGCUAUUAUCAAGAUUCUCCACGCAUACGAGGAAUUAUGCCGUUCAGGCACCUGGCCGACCGACGUUCGAAGUAUUCAAUAGAGCAGUCAAACAUAUGCAAAAAGACCGUGCUGCUCGAAAUGUCGAACAAAGUCGUCAGGUGGAUUAUAUUAAAGAUGAGGUCGCAAAGAGAUUAUGCGAAAGGUUACUGGAUAUAAAAAGAUCUUUUCCAAAUACCCUGGACCUCGGCGCAAAUAGUUGCAACAUUGCAAGAGCUCUAACAGCUCCAAACCCAGACCCUGCGGUAGAAUCAUCGCCCCCUCUAUCCAACCGCAUCGACACUCUCACAUGUGUCGAGACGUCGCAUGCGCUGCUACACCGUGAUGCAGAUCUUGAGUUUAAUGAUCAAUUGUCUAUCCAUCGAGAAGUAAUUCCAGAUCUCGAAUCCUUACCCUACGAAGCAAACACAUUCGAUGCCGUCUUGUCGUCUCUCUCCAUCCACUGGAUCAACGACCUUCCAUCUCUAUUGGCGCAAAUCAAUAAUAUCCUCAAACCCGAUAGUCCGUUUAUUGCAGCAAUGUUUGGUGGUGAUACACUCUUUGAGCUCCGUUCGUCUCUGCAAUUGGCCAACAUGGAACGUCGUGGAGGUGUGAUACCACAUAUCUCACCGCUGGCUGAUGUCAGGGACGUUGGAGGUCUUUUGACAAAAGCAGGCUUCAAGAUGUUGACUGUAGAUGUUGAAGAUAUUGUCGUUGAUUUCCCCAACACUUUCGCAUUGAUGGAAGAUCUCCAGGCUAUGGGUGAGAGCAAUGCGACGGUGCAAAUGGGCACUCUAUCGAAGGACGUUCUUCUAGCAAAUGAGGCUAUCUACCGAGAACUACAUAAAGAGGAGAUCGGCGAAGCUGAGCAUGGUCAAAGUGGCAUUCCGGCUACAUUCAGAAUCAUUUUUAUGAUAGGAUGGAAAGAAGGAGCGGGACAACCAAAACCUCUGAAGAGAGGUAGCGGGGAGGUCAAUCUUAAGGAUAUCCUCGGUGGAGGUGACUUUGGACCGAAAUAAACGACUGAAACGAGACUUCAGGCAGGAUGAGUUGCGAUUGUACGACAGUUGGAGGAUUAGACAUUCCUCGCAGAGGAAUCAUCGUCUUUUCACGCCAUUUAGUAGACAUGCAUUAGCCGUCAUCAGAACUUGUACUUGAAAUUUUUAGUAGAUACGCAACCACACAACUGAAACGACUUGAAUCUAUAAACUCCUAUCAACCUUAAACCGUUCGACGAUCAGUAAGGACCCGAACAAUAGUUCCGUGCCCAGUCAACUCCACAAGCUUCUCAUGCCAACUUAGUAACACACUCAUAUGCUGACCACCACCGCCCUCGCCAAAGUUGCGAGCCUGCACCUGAGAGAAUCCCGAGCCAGUGGCUUGCGGAGAAAGAGUCUUGCGCGAGGAAGGGGACUGAGAUCCGCUAGCAGACGACUGUACAGCCAUGCCUUUGUAGCUAUUUUUUA